AUGGACGGACGACAACAACUGCGCGACGAGCGCGGAGGCCAGAACUCGCAGAACAGCAGGAUGACGACGAACGGAGCGCGGUCCGCCGCCGUAGGACCGCACAGGAGGAACGACGGUCAGUGGCCUGCAUCCCCACGACUCGAUGCGACCGAGGAUGGCGAGGGGCUGACGCGACGCUCUGCAGAAUCAUGGGUCGAGAUUUCUUCGCAGCCGUCUUCGUCGUCGCUCUCGUCCAUCGGAGACGAGAUCGUCACCACCGGUCUCCGAGUCGGUGGGGCUAUGGCCGCCCGCCGACGUCGCUUACACCAUCAACCUGUUCCUCGGUCGUUCCACGUCGACCAAACCGCCAUCCACGCCGGCACGAGCAGCCAGGAAGAGUAUGAGGAGAGCGAGAGCGAGGAGGAACGAUGUUUGACAAGUUCGACCGAGAACGUUCAUCCGGCCCCGCCGGCGCCGUUCCAGCAACAGCAGUCGGCGCAGGUGGAGUCGGACGAUUCCGACGACGGUGAUGAUAUCGCUACGGCUCUGGGACGUGUCGCCGAUGACCCAACUUUCAGGCCUCACCCAAAUGCAUUCUCCCACCCACCUUCAGGCUUGCACCGAAGCCACUCGGCGAACUCGGCUGUUCAUCAACACCCGCACAGCGGCGUGCGGCCAUCGCUAUCACAUCGGUCUCAAACGAGGGUGAACCGCGGCCCGCCAAACUUCAUGUCGCCCGCAUACCAAGCCGAUAAUGAUGCUGCUCUCCGUGCCUCUCUCACAACCCUCCUAUCCUGUGCUGCUGCCGCCCGCGGUCUGCCCAAGUACAAGGACGUCGAGCAGCAAGGCGCACCAGCACAUCCUGGAGUCGGGCCCAGUUCUCAACCCGUGGAGCUGAGGCUGAUGCCCGAGGCCGAACUCAUGACGGACAGACCAUCUCAACCACAAGGCGCAUCGCCGGCCAAGACACCUGCUCGAUCACGGACUGCCACAUCGUCGACCCCAUCUUCACCCAAGAGCGACGGAGUUGACAAGCACAAGAGGACUUCCUCUUCACAAACUCGCUCGUCAAGGGCAACCAAAAAGAAGAAGGUCGCCGCCGGCGAAGACGCUCUCAUCAGCCCGACGCUACUGACCUGGGUCGUAAGCGCUGGCGUCGUGGUGUUGGUGUCAGUGGUUGGGUUUGGCGCUGGAUACGUGAUCGGCCGCGAGGUCGGACGCCAGGAAGCCCUCUCAGCAGCGGGAGUGGGCGUUAACGCCUCGACCGUAGCAGACUCCUCAUCGUGCGGUAGGGAAGUUAUUCGUUCUUCCGGCGGUGGUCUUCGUCGCCUCAGGUGGGGUGCGGGGGUUGGCCGAAGCGUCGUCGCUUGA